AUGGACGACGCCCAUCCAAAGCUCCACCUCUACUCUCUUCCCAACGAAGUUCUCGGUCAGAUUCUAUCCUCUUUCUCGACGCGCUCCCUCAUCUCUUGGGCGACAGUUUCUCACCGCUUCUACGCCCUCGUCCUACGGAUCCUACAUUAUCGCCUACUCAUCGGCGCUCCACUGCAUGAAUACAAACUCAUCCUAGAAUGCUUUCAUCCAAACUCAAAGCUAACCGAACCUCAUGUAUUCUGCACAUACCUUGACACCGACGGUUUAGAUUGGCUCUCCGGGCGGGGUGGUUCGCUUUAUGAGAAUCCCGACACGACCCAGCAACUUGGGAAACUGAGUUCGGUGUAUUCUCGGUUCCGUCCUGAAGUCGUGGUAGAAGAAAGAUUUAGCGGAACAAGGCUAGUUCCCCUAAGAGACGAUGAGCAAGAAUCCGAUCGGGACAACUUGGUUGUCACGCGCCCUAUAAUCCUCAAGGACUCUGAAGACUUCUCUCAGCUAUGUAUGGUUGUGAACAUUGUGAAGGUCAUGCCGGGUACGAAUCUGCUUCUAAGUGCACACACGGUUGAGGACGGGGUAAUCAGGGUUUUCCGCGACUGGCUGAGGGACGAAGAGAAGCGCUUCCGGGAUAUUGUACCUGAUGGUACAGGGCCUUCGCAAAUGCUAUGGGUCGAUCAGAGCAAGGGUGUCGGCAUCAAAGUGCGGGUCAAGGCGAAACCGCUUAUGAACCAAAAUGUGCCAAUUCUCGUCCAUCGCGACGACGACGAAUUCACGAGCUAUGAAUUGUUAAUCGAAGGUAUGAUGAUCCCUUCUCCUAUUUUAACUAUAUACACUAACAGAUGA